AUGCAGUCCCGCAGCAAUCCGAAAAGGAGGAGGAAAAUGCCAGAGACACAAUUGAAAAAAAAAACAGUUGGGACUUCGUCCAAAUCCUACGUCUGGGUGAAUCCUAGAAGCGCUAGAGCUUCCGAGCUCCGCAGGAAGUCAUAUGACGCUAGGUAUUCUUCUCUUGUUAAAGCCGCCGAGGAUUUGAAUUCAUGCAAAACGAGCGAGGAGGAAGUUUCCAGAGUUUUGAAUGGGUUAGGACAUAAUUUGUUGGAGCAAGAUGCUGUGGUUGUGGUCAAUAACAUGACGAACCCUGCAGCAUGUUUAUGGUCGAGCUGGCAAUGUGGAAAAAACUUUAAACUUGUAUGA